AUGGACACGACCAUUUGUCAAGUGUGCCAGCCGAAAUCGGUGGACGAUGAUGGCUCAUCGGACACCGAUGAUGAGCUGGAAGAGGAUGAGGAUUCUACCUCUGACGGCAUUGUACUUUUCAUCUCGUUCGUCAUUUACAUUAUUAUCGGAUCGGUAGCCAUUGCUGCAUAUGAACCGAAUAUGGGUGUCUUCGAGGCUAUUUACUUCAAUUUCGUUACAUUAACGACGAUAGGUCUUGGCGAUUUGGUCCCUCAGAGCGAUACCUAUCUAGUGAUCACUUUGGUCUAUUGCACUGUUGGUUUGGCGUUGACAACGAUCGCCAUCGAGAUCGCAGCCGACACAUUGAAAAAGUUGCACUACUUUGGACGGAAGAUGGAAAACGUCGCCAAUGUGCAAGUGUGGUUCGGUGGUAAAAAGAUUUCUAUGAAGGCCUUAGUGAAAAACCUCGGAGACCAGUUUAACGUUCCGAUCGACGAGAUCGACACGUUGAAUCUAGAACAGUUUGUUGAUAACGCCAUCAAAGUCCAAGAAGGAGAGUUGGCAACCCUGCGGGUCGAUAAAGGCUGGAUGAAGUCGAACUAUUGGCGAGCGAUCGAGUCCGGCACGAUGCAUUACGUCGAUGACGACGAUUUGGUCACACUACAAAGCAAUCGUAACUAUUAUUCUGAAUUCUAG